AUGCGAGUGUGUCUCAACCUUGCAAUCACGCAGAUGGUUAACCGGACUAAAGUCGCCGGAGAUCACUUUGUAGAUCCUGAUGCAUGUCCCAGUGAUGAUGUUAUUACCAAUAGCACUACAAUUGUUAACAGACCGUAUGGGAUCUUCGAUUGGGACGAAAAAACACAAGGUCUUAUUUUGAGCGGCUUUUAUUACGGUUAUGCGGCUACCCAAGUGCCUGGGGGUUACCUGGCAGAGAAGUUUGGUGGAAAAUGGACCUUAGGUCUUGGGCUACUGAGUACAGCGGUGUUCACAUUUUUAACUCCAGUGGUGAUCAGAGCUGGUGGAGCGACGUGGCUAUUCGUACUUCGUAUCUUACAAGGAAUGGGAGAGGGCCCUACAAUGCCAGCUCUUAUGAUCAUGUUGGCGCGAUGGGUUCCACCACACGAAAGAUCAUUUCAAGGAGCCCUGGUCUUCGGUGGUGCACAAAUCGGCAAUAUCUUCGGAUCCUUCAUGUCUGGAAUUUUACUUGCAGAUGGAAGAGACUGGUCUUAUGUUUUCUACUUUUUUGGAGGCUUUGGAAUUCUCUGGUUUGUGUUAUGGAGUCUGACAUGCUUCAGCACACCAAAUUCGCACCCCUUCAUUUCAAAGAAAGAACUGGCGUAUUUGAACAGUUCCGUUACCACUGCAGAUGUCCACUCAGCUAAGGACCCUGUGCCAUGGAAGGGAAUUCUAAGAUCUGCACCUGUAUGGGCUUUAGUCUUCGCCGCUGUUGGCCACGAUUGGGGCUACUACACAAUGGUGACUGAUUUGCCUAAGUACUCCCACGAUGUGUUGAAAUUCAAUAUCGCAACCACAGGCACUCUCACUGCUUUGCCAUACAUUGCUAUGUGGAUUUGCUCUUUCGGCUUCGGUUUCGUCUGUGACUUGUGUGUUAAGAAAGGUUGGCACACUAUCAAGACUGGAAGAAUCGUUCACACGACUAUUGCUGCCACUGGUCCCGCUAUCUGUAUUAUUUUGGCGUCUUAUGCAGGCUGCGAUCGUACGGCUGCAAUGGUGUACUUUGUUCUAUCUAUGGCUCUCAUGGGAGGAUUUUACAGUGGUAUGAAGGUGAAUGCAUUGGACUUAGCCCCGAAUUACGCAGGCUCUUUAACUUCCCUGGUGAACACUACGUCAACAUUUGCUGGCAUCGUUACCCCUUAUCUUAUAGGAUUAUUAACACCAGAUUCGACCUUAGCGCAGUGGAGAAUUGCAUUUUGGGUAUGUUUUGCUGUACUUGUUGGCACAAAUGUGAUCUACAUCAUCUGGGCGGAUGGCAAACAACAAUGGUGGGACGACGUUCGGCAAUAUGGGUACCCUGAAGGAUGGAAACAUGGGCCUAUCAUCAGAGAAACGAUAGAACAACCAGAAGGAGUCAGACUAGCAGGUCACAAAGAAGGCUCAUGA